AAUUUGGAAAUAAUCUUUGGGGGAGAAGCUUUGGGGAGCAAGGACGGCGGGGGAAGAGUCGCCGAUUCUUUGUUUCCGGUAAACGAAAUCGAUUAAGUGUUUGUAGUGGAUAACACAAAGCGAGAAGCUGGUGACGGAGGGAAGAGGGAAGAAAAGAAGAAGAGGAGGAGAGAUGGGAAAAGAGAAGAGCAAAUGGACGGAGGAUGAGGAGGAUGCGUUGCUCGCCGGCGUCAGGAAGCAUGGACCCGGAAAGUGGAAGAACAUCCUCCGCGAUCCUGAGUUCGCUGGUGUCCUCUCUCUCCGCUCCAACAUCGACCUCAAGGAUAAAUGGCGUAAUCUAAGUGUUCCCGCUGACAUCCAAGGCUCAAAGGAUAAGGUACGGACACCAAAAAUCAAAGCUGCCGCUUUUCAGCUGGCUGCCGUUGCAGCUGCCGCUACCACUCCAUCUCCUAGUUCGGUCUCUUCUCCAGUUGCUCCUCCCCUUCCUCGUAGUGGAUCUUCUGAUUUGAGCAUCGGUGAUAGUUGUAACAUGUUGAUUGAUGCAAAGAAUGCUCCCAGGUAUGAUGGGAUGAUAUUCGAAGCUCUUUCAGCAUUGAAGGAUGCUAAUGGAUCUGAUGUCACUACAAUUUUCAACUUCAUCGAGCAAAAAAUGUAUGAAGUGCCAGAAAAAAGGGUCCUGGGUUCAAGGUUGAGGAGGCUUGCUGCUCAGGGCAAACUUGAAAAGGUUAGCCAGUUAAAAUCAGGAACGCAGAACUUGUAUAGGAUGAAUAAUAAUAGCUUCUUGACAAUGAGAACGCCAGUUCCAGCAGCGAGACCAAAAGAGGCGAAUGCGAAACCCCGGAACAGCCAAGGACUCACGGUUUCGCAGGAGAAGAUUGCUCUUGCUUCAGGAACCGCAGCUUUUAAGCUCUACGAGUUAGACGGCAAAUUAGAAGUGUUGGGUGGAGCUGUAGAUGAUAGAGCAAGGAUGACAGAACUUGCAGAACGAGCUGAGAUUAUGCUACUACUAGCGGAAGAGCUGCACGAAAGAUGUUGUCGGGGAGAGAUUGUGGAACUGAACUGAGGUUGUGGGAACAAAGAGAAGCAAGCACAGAGUGAGUAUAUAAAGACUAAUAGUAAUUAGGCUAUUAGCUUGCAUUACUUUUCUUAAUGGACUACCAACAUUAACAAAACAAUAUUUAACUUUUCUUUCAUUUACCAUAAAAAAAAAUGGUAGUUGGGAGUAAUUAGCCAAGAACAGAAAUGUGUAUGAUGUGGUCUGGAAAUGACAGUAUAACUUUGAAGCUCUUA